AUGUUUUCUGAAGGCUUUGAUUCCCCACCUAGCCCCGCUCUGUUUUCAGAUCUCCCAGCCAACAUCAUUGCAUGCAUCUCAAUAGUCACCUUGUUAUUUAUGAUCUUUAAUCACAUUCUCAACGUUUUCCUUUCAUGGCUCCUUCAAGUCAUCCCGGAGCAUGAUCUCGAGGGAGGCGAUGUCAUUUAUGGACCGCAAAUUAACAUCGUCAGUUCGAGCCCUUUUCGUGUAGCUAUAGUGCAAAACAUGCAGAGGCUGGGGGUCAUAAAGAGGGUCGUGCCGGAGUUUGAUGAAGGAAGAGGGCCAAGGCUUAGGGCCUUGAAGAAAUUGCCACCACUAGUCAAUUAUAGAACCCUUGAUGAAACACAAUCAAGUUCAAAAUGCACUUCAUGUGCAAUUUGCUUGGAGGAUUUUGCGCAAGGUGAUUCAUGCCAAGUUUUUUCAAUGUGCAACCACAUGUUCCAUGCCAAUUGCAUUGACCAUUGGUUGAUGAAGAAGCCAAAUUGCCCAGUUUGUCGACAUUGUAUCAUGGAUGCAUGA